AAAUGAAAGAAAAACACGCAGCGUCCAUAACAGCCUCCACGAGCAAAUGAGUGAAUGUGUGCAUAAAGAUCUUCCCCUUCAACAGACAUAUUUUCGCUCUCAAACAGCCCUCCGUCAAGGCGCUCGGAGAAGACGGGGAAGCUCUCCUUGGUGGGUUUUGUGUUUCUUUUCUUCUUGCCUGCUUUGGAGGUAGAUGUGCAGACUGAAUGGCCGGAGCACAGCCCGGGGUUCACGCGCUGCAGCUCAAGCCGGUGUCCGUCCCGGAGAGUCUGAAGAAAGGCAGCAGGUUUAUGAAAUGGGAUGAGGAUUCCUCUACAGUGACCCCAGUGACCUUACGUGUGGAUCCUCAGGGCUACUUUCUGUACUGGACUGAUCAGAAUAAGGAAACUGAUCUACUGGACAUCACCUAUAUCAAGGAUGCAAGAACUGGGAAAUGCACCAAAACACCAAAGGAAGCCAAGCUGCGAGAGUUACUAGAUGUCGGAAACCUGGUGGGACGGAUAGAAAACAAGAUGCUGACGGUGGUCACAGGUCCUGACAUGGUCAACAUCACCUAUCUGAACUUCAUGGCUUUCCAGGAGGAAGUGGCAAAGGAGUGGGCAGAGGACUUGUUUAGUCUGGCAUCCAACCUGCUGGCUCAGAACAUGAAUAGAGAGGCCAGCCUGGAAAAAGCUUACACAAGACUGAAGCUGCAGCCAAACCAAGAGGGACGUAUUCCAGUGAAGAACAUAUUUCGCAUGUUCUCGACUGACAGAAAGCGUGUAGAAACCGCGCUGGAGAGCUGUAAUCUUCCAUCAGGCAGGAAUGAUUCAGUUCCUCUGGAGGACCUAACUUCCGAUAUUUACAAAUCAUUCAUCGCCAACCUCUGUCCCCGACCUGAAGUCAACCAAAUCUUUGCAGAUCUUGGAGCCAAGGGCAAGAACUAUCUGAGCAUGGAGCAGAUGACUGACUUCAUCAACAAUAAGCAGAGGGAUCCGCGUCUUAAUGAGAUUCUGUACCCUCCACUGAAGACGGAGCAGACGCAGCUCCUCAUGGAGAAAUUUGAGCCCAACCAUGGCAUGAUCCAAAAAGGGCAGAUUUCAGUGGAAGGGUUUUCCAGGUAUCUGAUUAGUGACGAGAAUGGUGUGAUCCCACCCGAGAAACUGGACCAGAGUGAAGAUAUGACCUUCCCUCUCUCCCACUACUUCAUCAACUCUUCCCACAACACCUAUCUUACAGCUGGGCAGCUGGCAGGAAACUCCUCUGUGGAGAUGUACAGGCAGGUGCUGCUGUCAGGCUGCCGCUGUGUGGAGCUGGACUGCUGGAAGGGCCGCACGGCUGAGGAGGAGCCGGUCAUCACCCACGGUUUCACCAUGACCUCUGAAAUUUCCUUUAAGGAAGUAAUCGAGGCCAUUGCCGAAUGUGCUUUUAAAACCUCUCCUUUUCCUAUCAUCCUGUCCUUCGAGAACCAUGUGGACUCUCCAAAGCAACAGGCCAAGAUGGCGGAAUAUUGUCGAUCAAUCUUUGGAGAUGCCCUUUUAACUGAGCCACUUGAGAAAUAUCCUCUUGAGGCAGGGGUUCCACUGCCCAGUCCACACGAACUCAUGGGAAAGAUACUCGUCAAGAAUAAAAAGUCUCACCCCAAACCAGCUGAUGGGAGCACAAAGAAGAAGCUGUCAGAGCAAGCCUCAAACACAAACAGCGACUCUUCCAGCGUGUUUGAGCCUUCUUCCCCCAGCGCUGGCCCUGCAGCUUCAGCAGAGGUGGAAGCGGAAGACGAUGAAGAUGAUGAUGACGACGAUGAUGACUGUAAGAAGUCCAUGGAUGAGGGGACAGCAGGUUCAGAGGCCUUUGCUACUGAGGAGAUGUCCACUCUAGUCAAUUACAUCCAACCCACAAAGUUCCACUCCUUUGAGACCUCAAAAAAAGUCAACCGCAGCUAUCAAAUGUCAUCGUUUGUGGAGACCAAGGCUCUGGAGCAGCUCACGAAAACUCCAGUGGAGUUUGUGGAAUACAACAAGCUCCAGCUCAGUAGAAUCUACCCUAAAGGAACUCGUGUUGACUCCUCCAACUACAUGCCUCAAGUGUUCUGGAAUGCAGGCUGCCAGCUGGUGGCACUAAACUUUCAGACAAUAGAUCUGUCCAUGCAGCUGAACUUGGGCAUGUACGAGUAUAAUGGGAAAAGUGGCUACAGGCUCAAGCCAGAGUUCAUGAGACGGCCAGACAAACACUUUGACCCCUUCACAGAGAGCACUGUGGAUGGGAUUGUAGCCAACACCUUAUCAAUAAAGAUCAUAUCAGGACAGUUUCUCACCGACAAGAAAGUGGGUGUGUAUGUGGAGAUCGACAUGUUUGGACUCCCAGUCGACACAAGGCGGAAAGCGUUCAAAACAAAGACAUCCCAGAACAAUGCCAUCAACCCUGUGUGGGACGAGGAGCCGAUCGUGUUCAAAAAGGUGGUUCUACCCACUCUAGCCUCUCUGAGAAUAGCUGUAUUUGAGGAGGGCGGAAAGUUCAUUGGCCAUCGGAUAAUUCCUGUGUCAGCCAUCCGACCUGGUUAUCGGUAUAUUGGACUGAGAAAUGAGAAAAACCAGUCUCUCACUCUUCCUGCCCUUUUUGUGUAUAUCGAAGUCAAAGAUUAUGUGCCAGAUACGUUUGCAGAUGUCAUAGAGGCCCUGUCUAACCCCAUUAGAUAUGUCAACUUAAUGGAGCAGAGAUCCAAGCAGCUGGCUGCUCUGACAUUGGAAGAGGGAGAAGAGGAGAAAGAUGCCAAAGAGACUGAGCCUGGAGUCGAGCAGGCGUCAGAGGUGAAGAGUGAGCCCAAACCUGCGCCCGUAGAGAAUGGACUGAGCCAUGCUCCGAGUGCCACGCCCAAACCAGCCUCACAGCUCUCUCCACAGCCCCAGCCUGCAGGAUCAGCUAAACCUGCGGCAAAGACCGAAGAUCUCAUUCACAGUGUCCUCACUGAGAUGGAGGCUCAUACGUUAGAGGAGCUGAAGCAGCAGAAGGUGUUUGUCAGGGAGCAGAGGAGACACUAUAAAGAAAUGAAGGACCUGAUGAAGAAGCAUCACAAGAAAACCACUGAAAUGAUCAAGGAGCACACGGCCAAAUACAACGAGUUCCAGCAUGACUAUCUGCGCAGAAGAGCCGUUUUACAGAAAUCUGCAAAAAGAGACGGUAAGAAGAGGUGUCUUUCCUCCAGCCCGGAGCAUGGAGCCUCGUUCUUUGAGCAGGAGCUGGCGACCUUGGACCAGGAAAGUGGUCAGAAAUUGGCUGAGCUCAAAGAGCAGCAGCAGCAGCAGCUACUGAACCUCAGACAGGAGCAGUACUACAGUGAGAAAUACUUGAAGAAAGAACACAUCAAGCAGCUAAUGGAGAAAUUAACCCUGGUAGCUGAGGAGAGUCAGAGCAACCAAAUGAAGAAACUGAAAGACUUGUGUGAAAAAGAAAAGAAAGAGCUCAAAAAGAAGAUGGACAAGAAAAGACAAGAGAAGCUCAAUGAAGCCAAAUCAAAAGAGAAACACUUAACAGAGGAGGAAAAGCUGGAGAUCAACAGAUCUUAUGUUAAUGAGGUGGUGCAGCAUAUCAAGAGGCUAGAAGAUGCUCAAACCAAAAGACAUGAAAAACUUGUGGAGACACAUAAGAACAUCCUCCAACAGAUUGUAGAAGAAAAACCCAAGCUCCAAAACGAACUGGAUCAGGAGUAUCAGGACAAGUUUCGCCGGCUCCCGGUGGAGAUUCAAGAGUUUGUGCAGGAAACCACUAAGAGAAAGACUGAAGGGAGCGAUCAGGAGUCUCUCCCCUCCUCGUCCACGCUGGAGAAACUCAGCCAUAAGGGUGCACAGUCUGAAGACGAUAUGGAAGAGGAGAAAAAAGACUAACAUACUGAAGCAUACAGAGUUCUGCUGUGCCUCAGGCACUCUUCCUAAUUCAUUUUGGCUUUGGUUG